AACGGGCUCUGUUUGCCCAGUCUGCGAUGACAAUGCCGUUGCCAAAUAUUUGCCAGCCUCGGGCAGUUGUGGAGCCCAGCUAUAAAUGCUUGUGCCUCGGGCGGAGGUGGGCCUGCUGAGUGAGCGCUGCAGUCCCAGUCAGCUUAUGUCUGCUGCUCCAGGGAUCCCCAGAAUCUUAGAGACCCAAACAAGAUGGCUGCUGGUGUGAUACGGUCUGUCUGUGACUUCCAACUGUCCCUACCAUCACACCAGUCCUUCCUGCCCACAGACCUACAAGCUCCAGAAACUUCUGAAGAGGAAGAGGAGGAAGAGGAAGAGGAAGAGGAAGAAGAGGGAGAGAGAGACCAAGAGUUGCAAGGUGAGGGUUCACAUGGCUGCAGCCCAGACUCCCAGAGCUCAGGAGUGGCCCCCCAGGGUCCCAGCAGCCCUGAGACCCCAAUGCAGCUGCUGCGCUUCUCAGAGUUCAUCAGCAGCGAUAUCCAGAGGUACUUUGGACGCAAGGAUACAGGGCAAGACCCAGGUGCUCAAGACAUCUAUGCUGACAGCCAACCAACCAGCGGCUCUGCCCGGGAUCUAUACUAUGCUGACCUGGUGUGCCUGGCCCAGGAUGGGCCCCCAGGGGAUGAGGAUGCUGCUGAGAUCAGGGUGCCUUUUCCUGGGGAGCCUGAGGGCCACAGAGGGGACAGCGUGCCACCACUGGGUCCCCUGGCUGAGCUCUUUGACUAUGGGCUUUGGCAGUUCUCCAGGCCCAGGGUGUCAGCUUGCCGAAGACUGAGGCUAGAGCGCAAGUACAGUCACAUCACGCCUAUGACCCAAAGGAAACUGCCUCCAUCCUUCUGGAAGGAGCCUGUGCCUAACCCACUAGGCCUACUGCAUCCGGGCACACCAGAUUUUAGUGAUCUGCUGGCCAGCUGGUCUGCCGAGGGUGGCUCUGAGCUGCAGGGUGGAGGCACCCAGGCCCUGGAAGGGACACAGCUAGCUGAGGUCUUGUGAGUAGGUGGGUCAGGUGUGUACUGCGGCAGCAGUGGCCCUUUCUAAGGCGCCCAACAUUUCCCUCCUGUAGCCCAGGCCCUGUCCUAGUGGGUCUAUCUAAGUAGCCACGCAGUUGUCUCUCCCUCAGGAGGAGAGCAGGCCUGAGAGAAUCUGAGCUUAUCCUGAGCCCGGAACUGCUGCCACCAGUCCUGAGAGCAGGGAGAGAGCAAAAGCUUAGCCAGACCUAGCCACAUGUGGCCACCAGCUCUUAGAGGUCCCCACUAUACACAGCAGGCCUCAGAACUCUGCCCAUAGGAAAUGGAUGGAACUCAGCCAAGAACUGUGAGGCACUUGCAUACUCUUGUCCCUCGGGAAAGACCCAUUCUUUACCAGGCCAGCCCCAAGAUUCAAGUCAGUGGCAAAGAGCAGCUGGGUUAGGAACCAAACCAGGCCAUCCCUCCCCACUGUCACUCUCUGUAGGACCAGUCUCUCUGU